AUCUCCUUCAACACAAACAUGAUCUCGUGUUCGCUCGCCACGGACUCAUUCAACACGCUUUGGUCAAGGCAUCCAUCCACACAUUCAUGUGCUGUCCGCCUGCAUGUCAACCUUCCAGUCCUCGUGCAAAAGUCAGUUGCACUGACUGUGAUAAGUACCAAAGCUGUCCGCAGAGCGACCGUUCAACCAUCACAUGGAGUCCAAGUUCGUGAUGCAGACGGGCAAGGCACUCCCGGCCAGCGCAGACGCCAGCAGCAAGAAAACCCGCCAAAAAAGUGUGUCAGUCCAGCUCCUUGCAAAAUAGAUAUACAUAUGCCGGUUCAAGCGUGUCGUUCUCGUCCACCAAGCCGUAACGCUGUGAUGCACUGAGACGAUUCACUCGUGCACCAGUGCGCUACGGUUCUCUGAGUCAGACACCACCACGCUCGCCGGAUACCAACCACCGCAAGGUCGUCCGAGCGAUGAGACCCCAUCACGGUGAGAGGGACGGCACCCAUUCUAGCUACUAGGCAGCAAACCUUCAUCCUCCCAUCCAGACUACAAAAAACACCAAAAAGCCGUCCUGUCCUCUCUGUCUGCCUGUCUGCUGAAAAGGCCCAACGGCGGCGGACAACACAGUGGUGUGGACACGGAACGUCAUGCAGCUCGUCCAUCGAAAACCCUCUCAGGAUAGCUGGGUCAGGCAGAGAGGCAGACACAACAGACAGAUGUGAAUAUGGCGCCACGCUGUGGCGCAUCGACGUCGUCACAAGACCCCACCACGGCGAGCACCGCAUCGCGUCUACGCCACACACCACAGUACUUUCUGUCUGCCCUGCCCUACGACGAAAAUGGCGCUGUAAGCAGACACAUCGCCGAUCGGCAACAGGACGGAAAACAAGAUGGUGUCACACUAAACACCGGCCGGCAGACACAGCCGAGUACAGUUACACACGACACGCCGUCGUCGGCAGCCCGUCCAUCUGCAUUGCCUUCGCUGCCCCGUGUGUCGGACCAGUCGUGUGAUGUGAUGGACAGGCCAGCCUGCUGCUGGUAACGCUGGAGCCCGUAGACACACAUAGUUGGGGGACACACCAAACAGUCAACACCAGUGUGUGUGUGGUGUGUGUGUGUGUGUCUGUGUGGUGUUAGCUACGUACAGGAGCAUGACGAAACCGACGAGCGUGACAGUGCCCAGCGGCAGCCGAUACGCGUCACUCUGAGUCUGAUGAUGCACACGCACACAUCGAAGCCGCACACUCGAACACCUGGCCCCCCCCUCCUCCCGUCGAUUCUCUAUCUGUCUACUUACCAGGUCGAAUUUGUCCUUAGUGAGUGUGACGAGGUCGGGCUGGACCUCCUCGGGCCGCCUUUGCCGCAGAUAUGGUCUCCAUCUGAAAUUUACGGGAGCUCUCCACAGCCUUGGGCAAAGUCGCACACUGACACAUGUGAACAGCCAACAAGAGAGCGGGUGUCAGGGUGGUUGUCUGUGUGUGCGUUACAUCGAAUUCCUCCAGUUUGGUUCGCAUCAUCGUCUUCUCGCGACCAACUGGUCCAAAUCCUGCAGGCAGCGCGCACACACACACACACGUCCUCCUGGCACCUAGCCAUUGUCUUUGUCAGCUUACCUCCCUGACGCAUGACACGAGGCACAGCUGCACGCGACGCUCGUCAGCAGCCCCAGCGGUGCCCUUCAACACAGGCGUGCUGCACGACACACACGCACACACACAAGUCAUGAAGCAGAAAUUUCAUUGCUGUGUGUUCAUUGCUGAUAAGGCCUUUUGCACCAAAUGUUGCCUUUGGCUUGGAGUGUUGCAGUCCGGGGAAGAAGAAGGGAAAGAUCUUCUUGUCGUUGCCGCGGAAGAGCUCCACCAUCGUCACAAGCCCAGGGAUGUCCAUGAAAGACGGUCGGCAUCCCGCCGAAGGGCCGCGACGCAUCUCGCUGUCCGUGCAGCCCGCCCUGCGCAACAAAAGGAA